CUCAGAUGACACAGAAGCAUAGCAGUGAACCCGUUGUUGCCAAAAUGGCUGGACUUUGUGGGCUGUCUUUGAGGGUGUCUUGGAUUUCAUGCCUGCUGAUCAGUAGUAUAUCUUGUCUCCCUGCACCAAAAGGUUAUGGCUCAAACAAUCCCGGUCCUGCUCCUGGGGUCUUCAUGGGCUGGCGGCCAUCUUCUGGCUCUAGCUACCCAAAUGUAGACAGUAGUGGCUCUACCUCUGGGAUAAAGCUGGGCUCCGUGGGUGGGGGUUAUGGAAUGGACAGUAGCUUCUCUGCCCCCCAGGCUACAGGUUCUUUUAGCAGUGGGUAUGCGUCCAAUGUUGGUUCUGGGUAUGACAACAGUGGAUAUAAUAAUGUGGGUGUAGGCUCGGUAGGUGGACUCUAUUACCCCAGCUCAGGUUCCACAGAUGGUGAAGGUGAUGUGGAGGAAAGCCCUGAGCCUGUCCUCAGUGACGUGUCAGACCUGGAGCCAGUCUACUCUUUCAGAUCCCGCUCAAGCUACCAGCAUGGAAGAGCCGCGUUCUCCCAAACCCGCUACACUCCUGGAGAGGUCCUGUUCCCACCUCUACCAGCUGUCCAGACGAGCCCUCAACAACCCGUCAAAGCUUCAGGCAAAGGCAGCCACUGAGCAUCUUGAAAGAUAAUACAGUUUUGACACACUGCUAGAGACUUUAUUUGACUUCAGCCAAUUUUGAUCUUUCUGCUUCAUUCUU